AUGGCCUCUACGGUCACCGACGCCGGCCGCUCAUCAACACCGUCGGCCGAUGCCGACGCAAAGGGCGAAGGCGAGAAAUCACAGGUUCAGGCGCUCUCCAUAUCCGACUCUCAAGCGACCGAUGGACCGGCGGGAGGAUACAGGCUCUACAAGCGGCGCUGGGUGGGCGUGUUUGUACUGUUCACUGCGGAGACCGUGUCGAGCAUGUCUUGGCCUUGGUUCGGCCCUAUCGCAACGCAAGUGAAGAGCGAUAUGGGGUAUAGCAUUGACCGCGUCGACUGGUUGGGCAAUAUGAUCGCGUGCGCGUACCUGGUCAUCGCGUUUCAGGUGCCACUCUAUGUUCGUCACUGGGGCGUGCGCAAGACAACGAUUAUGGGUGGCGUAUUCAUGAUCAUAUCUGCUUGGGUCCGCUACGCCGGUACAGCACGAUCACUCUCGUCAAACGGGUCGUAUGCGCUCGUUAUACUUGGGCAGUUCUUCGCAGGACUCGCGCAACCUAUCUUCCAGAUCCUCGCGCCCAAGUACUCCGAGCUGUGGUUCGACCUCAAGACACGGACGACAGCUACCAUGCUUAUCUCCAUUGCGAACCCAAUCGGUGGUGCCAUAGGGCAACUUCUCUCCCCCGUAUUCACGGAUACGCGCAAGGGGAUCCUGGUCCUCGGUAUCAUCUCAACUGCCGCGGCACCACUCGUACUUCUCGUAGGCGAUAAGCCGCCUACACCGCCAACGUACGCCGGCUCCAAACACUCGCCGGGAAUCCACACCCUCCUACUCGCAAUGAUCGGCCGCGAAACGCACAAAGACGCGCACAUGACAGUACGAGAGAGAUUGGACUUUGCGAUAGUAGUAUGGGUGUUUGCCGUAUUGCUCGCCGCGAUAAACACGUUUUCAGUUUUGUCGUCUGACUGGCUUAGCCCCUACGGAUACUCCUCCGACACAUCAGGGUUCAUGGGCGCCGCGCUUCUCCUAGCCGGGAUCGUAGCGGCCCUCACAACCGCACCACUUUUCGACAGGGUGUUUACGAGCCAUAUCGCGCUCGUUAUACGCGUGCUGUGUCCGACUAUUGGCGCGGGUUGGCUGGGUCUUAUCUGGGCUGUGAAAAGGAACGACGAUGCGGCGCUGUAUGCGCUGUUUGCGAUCAUCGGCGCGUGCUCUGUCGCGCUGUUGCCUAUCGCGGUCGAGCUGGGCGCGGAGCUCACGCGGAAUGCGGACGGGUCGAGUGCUACGCUCUGGUUCUUCGGCAACCUGAUGUGUAUCGUGUUUAUUCUGGCUCAAGGAGCCCUGCGCGCACCCUCAUCAGCUUCGCCACCGCUGAACAUGCACAAGUCAAUCAUCUUUAAUGGGGCGUGGUGUUUCGCCUCCUCAUUCUUCGUGUUCUUCCUUCACGGACGACAAGUACGGAGAGAGCGCGACGUCGCGAUGCAGGGCGCAGAGCAGCUCUCAGAGGAGGAGAGGGUUUGA